UGCGUAUUAGCCACUAAAACCACGCGCGAAAAAGAAAGAUGGCGGAUGUUCUCGACGUUGGUGUGGAAGACAAAGGUGGUUUUUCUGAGGAUGAAGGAGACGAGGGAAUUCAGAAGUUGAAGUCAGCUGUCACGAAACGUAAAGGACGAGGAUUCAAAGCCAGUGACUCAUCUUCUCGUGCACAAGAGCAAUAUGAAUCCAUGGAUACUGAUGAAGGUGGUGAAACAGGCCCUGCUCGUUCUGUUGAAGGCUGGAUUCUGUUUGUGACCAAUGUGCACGAGGAAGCCCAGGAAGAUGAUAUCCAUGACUUGUUUUCUGAGUAUGGUGAAAUAAAAAACCUCCAUGCUAAUUUGGACAGACGAACAGGAUUCUUGAAGGGUUAUGCACUUGUGGAAUAUGAAACAUUCAAGGAAGCAGAGGCGGCAAUGGAAGCACUGAAUGGAUCAGACCUUCUCGAACAAAAAAUUUCUGUUGACUGGGCAUUUGUGAGAGGACCACGGAAAGCUGCCGGAUCAGGAAGACGAAGGGAUACAAGAAGAUAUUAGACUUUUGACCCACAACUGCUUAUGACUCUGGCUAGUUUGUUUUUAUUACUGUUUGUAACAUGUAUCAACUGUACAAAUUUCAUUACUGGUACUGACCAAUGAUCAGGAGGAACAUUUACAAAAAUAUUGUACAGCCAACCAUGACAAAACAUUCACUCAACAUCAGGUUGAUCAAAUGAUGUUCUACCCCUAUCACACAGACACUCCCUUUGGUUUGUCCCUUUGGUUUCUCUAGUGAUAUUCAACUGUAUAGUUUAGUGGGUGAUUAUGAAAUCCUGUGUUUCAAGAGACAAGUUCUCUUGCUUCUUAGGAUAUGUUCAUCUUGUGCUCUGUGUGCUCAUUUGCCCCUUUAGUGUGUGCAUGAUUCCAGCCAAGAUCAGAUGACAUAAGUUAAUCUUCGUAUGACAUCGUCCCUGCACAAGCUGUGAACAGGGUUGAAAUUUUCAUGUAAAUUCAUGUAGAUUGUGAACACAGCACUUUGUUCACUUUUGGUGAAUGCAAGAGUUUUUUGUCACUUGAUUAAGUCAUGGAUGGAACUUUUUUAUUUUACUUUUUAGGAUGUAAACAACAAAAAAGAACUUUAGUUUAUUUGCUCACUAAUCCAGCUGUCAUGUAAACAAAGGCAUUGUUUGAAGAGCACAGUUCUGUAACUAAACCAUUCUGUUUAAGUUUGGUUCUUCUAUGAAAACACUACAUAGCACAUUUUGCUAUUUUAGGCAUCUUUUAUUUGAGUUCUUACACUGUCAACAUACAUCCUUAAAACAGCAGUCGAAUGGGAGGCAAGCAAACUGUUUACCUCUGAGCUCUUCCUCUUUUUACUUAGUUUCAACUGUUUUGAUUUCCUGCCGUUGCAACAGCAUUGUACAUGUAUGUCUGCCCUGAGAAUGGUACAGUGUGUACAAACUGGCAUCUACCACAGCACAGACCCCACCCCCCUCCGUGAACUUGCCUUUCUUUAUCUCCCCUGCCAUUCAACCUUUCCCUCCCAUUAGUUGUCAUUGGCAGCUUAAGCAGAUGAGUGGAGUGGUAAACGUAUAGCAGACAACAUUUCUGUGGCAUAAAAUUCAUUGUUUACAGGCAAAUGCACUUUUGGAAUUUGUAAUAUAAACUAUUGUUGUUAGUCAAUGUUCACUGGAUCCAAACUAAAA